AUGGAAUUCAAACCAGAGCACCACUCAGAAUCAAAGUGCUUCUCGCAUGAAAAAGGGUCCCCCGGUCUGAUAGAUGCACCAGCUCUCCCUCUAUCAGACGGUACAAUAUACCAGUGCAAUAUAGACGAGGAAGACGAUGCUGAAAGCAUAUACUCCGAUACCUCCAGCGCCUCGAAUAUGACAAAGGGCUAUAUAGACGAGCUCGCCAAUGACCUCGUCCAUGUCGUCGAACCGUACAAAGAAAAUGACGAUGUGCUUCCGCAUGUCUUUGAGGCUCUUCCCGAGCUUCUAAGGGCAUUUGCUCUAACCCUGGGUCACUCGUCGUCCAGUCGAACACAAAGAGACAUGAUGGUAUUUAUCCAUAGACAUCGAGUUAAAAUAGCUGCUAUGAUCAAGGAUCGACUCUCCGAUAUGGACGCAGAUAGCAGGGGGCGUCAAGUACAGGAUAACAUGACGUUGGACGAUAAAAUGGACCUUUGGCAGCAAAAAGACGAGCCCUUCGAGCAUCUGCUUUCCCCUCAUCCACAUGACGAAGUCGAAGAACGAUAUAACGAUGAUAUAGUACCGACCAUCCAAGAAGAAGAGGAUGAUUUGCCUGGGCUUGCAACCUAUCGCAAUAUCAUUCACAACAGCCCUACAUAUACCUGUCUUCUGAAUAACAUCCGGCGCGAGUGUAUGUUCGCACCCGCAGAGCCGGACAUCAUCGGUAAAAUCCGGAGAUCAAUCCUAAGCUCUCUACCGACAUCACCUCGAAUCAGUCGACAAAAGCCGGCAGAGAUAUUCGAUGUUAGUUUCAGGGUUCCUUGGGAUCCUAGAGGUUUCCUCAUCGAACAGGAGUACAUGGAAAGCCCAGAGGAGGCGGUUGAAAAAGUCAUCACCUUAACAGGGUCCACCGUGUCUGUACAAGCAUUGACAUGCGGCGAUUACAUGCAACAGACCUGGCCAUCAACAGGGAAGGAUGUCUUAAAACUAUUGAAGGUCCUGGUAUCAGGGGAGACACGAGGAUCUACUGUCCUGCCUGGUGACACUCGGCUUUGCCUUUCGCGCCAUCCAUCAAGAAGCCAAAGUACAUCUUUCGAUAUAUGGGUAGAUGCUCGAGGCAUCGCUCCUGUCAUUGCGGAGAUCGGGGAACAGCUAGCAUGGCUAGCAUCUGCCUUGUGCUCCUCCCGGUGUCAAAGUAGAAUAGCCUACAGCAGGCCAUUUGUCGGCAGCAUGCAACCCGGACAUGUGACGUACGAAGGUACGCCCAGGGUAGCAUAUACUUGUGAGAUUGGUGUUGAGGUACGCGAGGGGGUCGUCGGCACUGAAUCUGUGAACGGGGAAUGCUGGCUCAAUCUUUUUGCAAGGCCACUUGUUGUAGAAGGGUUUCCAGUACGACGAAGGCCGGAGCAGCAGACUGAAGGCCUCGAGAUCCCACUUACCAUGGUGGCCGCGCUGGCAGGAGCCCGCAGGGUUAACAGCUUUGAGGAGAAGAUGGUGCUGAAGGGCUUCUCGACUAUGCUGAUCCCCACAAAACGCAGUCUCGAUACAGUCACUUGGCACCUUGUGUAUGAUAAGAACGAGCACCGCAUUCCAUAUCUCGAGGCCGAACGGUUCGCGAAGCUUGAUAUUACGUUCCAACAACUGGAAGCUUCACGACAUAUCGUGGGAUGGUGUCCUGAAAUGCUUUUCUACGCAGGAGAAUCAGAUGCAAGCUACGACAUCAAGAAUUCGGGACUCCCGCGUCCCUCAGAAUCCAGCAGCAUCCUGAACAGUGCGUCACUAUCCGCCGGACACAUGGUCACCGGCGGCCCCGUCUUUAACAUGGGUCGUAAAGAUAUCCGAUUGCGCAGAAACCCCUACAUAAAGAAGAUCAAAUGGAUUUCGCAACGGUACGUGACAUUUUGGGAUGUAGGAGAGAAGCGAGGCUGGCUUGUCAACGGGGCCAGCGCCCUGCUGCACCUUGUCCGCGCAUCCAUCGCCCAGGACCAGCACGAUAGAAGAUUUAGCUCGCUGUGUCUGUUCAAUGAUUGCGAGUUCCAAGAAGCCUCGCGGGCAUAUCAGUCAGACUCUGCUCUAGAGGUUCUUUUGAAUCCAACCAAUUUCAAGGUUAAGGUUUAUCCUGAGGAUGACGAGCAUAUAUACUUCAAGGACCGCGUUGAGGAUUUUUAUGAUGUUUUGGAAAGAAUGAUUGAUUACCAAACGAAAGCUGUCGGUGAUUGUGGAAAGGUCUGUCAACAACCGAGGUCUUUUCUAGAUGGUUGGGAUUUUACCGAUAUCAUGAUGGAGCGCGACCCUGUCUAUCCGCGACAAACUAUACUGAGCCAUGAUGGCCGGUCAUGGGUAGAUCUGACUCGUGCUAUUCAUGCAGUAACAUUAUUCGGCAGAGGUUUUGGUGAGGUUAUCCGUCCCACGCACACUUACUGUCCGCUCUGGGCGACACUUCCACAUGGAAUGUCGUAUCUCGUUGCCAGCGUCGCUGAUCUGAAGACCUUAAUGGAAGCUUACGGGGAUCCGUAUUCAACACCAACAAAACUCACCCAUGAGAUACUCUACUGUGCCGAGGAGGCAUUGAGUCAGUGUCUAUGUGAGGGCGAUGAAGAUGAACACUUGGACAUUACCCAAGUGCUCUUUCCGUCAGCCAUGCACCACGGGCUUUCUUCAAACAACCCCAUGUAUUUGAAAGGAAACGGUGCCGUUGUAUUUGGUCAUAACAGCAACAACCAAUGGUUCUGGGGAGACGCGGGACACCCAUCGAGAGCUCCUAGUAAGGACCAAAGGCCGUUGCGGCGAAUGGAAUUGAACGAAUCCACUUCGGAUGAUAGCGGAAUCGGAAGGAGUGUCAGUCUAUCAACCCCGGGGCGAAGUGACAACAUGGGGCAAUUAGCUCCCAGUCUGUCGGUUGAAGAAUAUGACGACUACGAAGAAACGCGAGAAACCGAAAAUAGCCGGCAUGCAUCUGAAACUCUAGUCCCCUCCAGAAGCAAGCCGCUUUCAGCGAGGGACUUUCAAGUGGCUAUUGUGUGUGCCCUUUCUAUUGAGCUAAUGGCUGUGCGCUCGCUGUUCGACAGUACAUACGAGAAGCUCCCCAUCGCUGAUGCGGACCCGAAUUACUACGCACUGGGUUGCAUGGCAGGGCAUAAGAUCGUUGCGGUCUGCUUACCACGCGGUACAUAUGGCACAAACCCGGCUGCGAACGUCGCAUCAAAUAUGCGACGGAGUUUCCCUGCUCUUCAAUUCUGCCUCCUGGUAGGCAUCGGGGCUGGCGUGCCCUCCCGGAAAAAUGACGUUCGUCUAGGCGACGUCGUGGUUAGCACGCCCAGCGGAAAGUAUUCGGGUGUCUUACCGUACGACAUGCUUAAGACCCUAGAGUGUGGAGCGUCGCAACUGAACGGGUAUCUGUGUCCUCCUCCUGAGAAUCUGAGAGGCGCAAUCAAUGAGCUCGAGUCCGACCCAACACAGUCUUCCACUCCGCUAGCCGCAUACCUCCACCGAAUAGUCCAGCUCAAAGACCAAUACACGUACCCCGGAGCGGCACACGACCGCCUAUACAUGUCCCACCACUCCCACGCGAGAAGCCACAGCAACUGUGAUCAGUGCAGUCCGGAAUACGAGAUCCAGAGACCCCCUCGACUGUCCACACAUCCCGAGAUUCACUACGGACUGAUUGCCUCCGGCAACCAGGUAAUGAGAUCUGCCGAGACGCGAGACCGGCUCAGUAAAGAACACAACGUACUCUGCUUCGAGAUGGAGGGAGCGGGAAUCAUGAACAACUUUCCAUGCCUCGUGAUUCGCGGAAUCUGUGACUAUGCAGACUCACACAAGAACAAGCAAUGGCAAAACUACGCCGCAGCGACAGCUGCCGCGUAUGCCAAGUUGCUCUUGUCCCGGGUGAGGACGCCAGAUGUUGAUUCUCCAGUUGAAGUGCGUGGGAGUGGGAGUCCGUGCUAUCCUUCUAGAAAAAGGCCACCAUCUCCUGGAGCCACUUUUGCUCAGGAUCAACGACCUGCCAAACGGACAGACUGGACCGGAAAUUACAAUCCUGAUCCGAUCCUCAACAGUUGA